GAGGACCAUCCCAGAGCGAUUGUUGUGACGGAGGAGGAGGAUCGCCUUUGAUACAAGAUUCCCCUCUUUUUCUCCUUUUCCCCUCUCUUCUCUCUCUCUCUCUCUCGGAUAAGGUGGCCGAGGCGAAGGAGUAUGGCAGAGGGGCCUUUCCACUACCCUCUCCCUUCCCCGUGAUGGUGAUGUAGCAGGCCAUAGACUCUCGCAGGGGGAAAUGGCUACAUAUGACGACAGGCAGUGGAUUUUGUCGCAUAUUCAGAACUCGUACGUGACGAGCGAUGACACAGGGUUGUGCGAGGUGGUGGUACAGAAUGAGCCAUCAGCAGCAUCGGUGGCGGAGUUCCCCUGCCUUGCCGAUUCAGACUCUCCUCCCCCACACAUUCAGGAUGAGCCGCCACCCCACUCCCUUGAGAUCGCAUCAGACAUGGACUUCGUGGGCCAUCGUCAGCGGUCAUACACAGACCAGCGUCUGGAGAUCAUGCGCAAGGAGAAGAAAAAUGCUUCUAAGAUCAAGAGGAUUACGUGGAAGCACAACCCAGCACAGAUUAAUGAGAACGAGCUGAAUGAGCUCUUCUCCCGCAAGGCUGUGAUAAGCAACGUAGACCAAACUGACAUCUCCCGGCCCCACCAACCCCCUCCAGUAUCCCUCCUCACACGCCUGGUUCAGCAGUACCCCGAGGGCAUCAAGAACCCCUUCAUUGAGUACGCCAAGUAUGAUGGCACAACUCACACUAAUGUUCAAGCACGGCGUAUCAGUGUCUAUCUGCUCCUGGGGGACAAUCCUGCGCCCAGCUACCCAAUGGUUGUGUCAGUAGUCAACUGCCACCAGGCACGAGUCUCGGAUCUCAUUGGCCUCAUCUGCUGGCUCUAUACCAAAGAAAACAGGGAGCCUCCUUUAAGAGGUUUGGUGGAGAACUAUGCACUCCACAUUGCAGAGGAGGAUGGCCAGGUGGACUGGGAUUUCCAGGCUCUAAACAACAGAGAUGUUAUUGAAAAGUUUGGCUUCAAUAUCCUGGCUCUAGUCGAGAAGAAGAAUGUCCCGGAGGUAUCCAAGGACAUUGUAGUCACACUAAAUGUAGCUGGUGGAGCAUUUAGCAAGAUAACUGUAGAAAAUUAUGACAUCACUCUCAAAGAAAUUCUCAGUAGAACCAUCACAAAGCGCAAAGACAUGGGAAGGAUAAUAGACGCUGGGCUCGACUACCACUUGGAGAGAGAGAAUGAGCCUGGCAUUGCACUGGAUCCUGAGAAAACACUGGCUGAUGUGAAUUGCACGGAGUUUGCUGUAGUGAGAGAUAACAGUAAGAGGAUUGACUUGCCAUUAGAUCCUAGCAACAUGUCGACAGUCGAAGCUACCUUGUAUCGUUCCUACAAAGUCACGUGGCUGCUGAAGUUGGGAAAAUGUGAAGCAUGUCUUGGCAUAUCAGGAGACAAAUUUGAAAUUCAUCCCCUACAACAGAAGAUGGGAGGAGCUUUCCUGCCCUUGCGCACACCCCAUGCUGUCACAUACAACAUGGAGCUGGUCGUUGACUGCAGCAGAAAAGCGGAGAAGAAAGGAAAAAUGGAAAUCCAGGUAACAUGUCAGGGUGAGAAUCGCUUCAAGGACUACCUGUUCGAGUGCGAGGCCAAAAUUGGGCAGGAAAUUUUAGACAAGUGCAAACACAUUUUUGACCUUCGGACAAGCACUGCACGCAAGGAGUUCUGGCGGGAGAAGAAACCUUUCCGCAGACACAACAGUUUGUCAAUGCGCCACAGGCCUAGGACAGCAAAUCAUGCAAAUGAAGUGUAGCCCUUUUCCUUUAUUCCUUUUUUCUAUGGCUUGUGCUGUCAUUGUGCUCAUGUAUGUGUGCACAAAGACAAGGACUCGAGUGAUAAGGUGUGAUAUUGUUGACUUCAAGGAUGUUGCUGUUAGUCGUCUGGAGGUGUGAAAGUGUGAAGGACAUAUGAACUGUGGCAAGAAGUAAAGAGAUAUCGUACACAUUUGAUUAAGGAGUAAUGCCCCUUUCUGCAGUGUUAAAGAUAGUAUUUUGCAUCUUCUAGGAAGAUGAAAGAUGCUCUUGUUUACAUGGAAUAUGUAAGUAUUGUUAUGCUUGUGUGCCGUUCUAAUGCAUAAUUAUACUUUAUGCAGAGUAUGGUAAUGCACGCAGGAGCAACAUUGAAUUUCCAACAGACUAGGACAGACUAGUUGUGUGAUGUAACACAGGACAGAUCUGUUUCUUGAAUGUGGAGCUGUUGCAGACAUGAAGCAUUGUUGAUUAUUUCCCUUUUUUUAUUAUGAUAUUGAUGUUGGUGAUGAAAAUCAUUGCAAUGAUUGGACUUGGAUUUCCCAAAAGCUUGCAUGUGCUAAUGAGUGUUUGUAGAAGGAUGGCUUGAAAAGUCAAUAGCAAAGAAAAUAUUUAGAGUUUGGAUAAUUAAGGAAUAAUGUGAAGCAAAAGCUUGUUUUGGAGAGGUUGUACACUUGAAAAAAAAAUCAUUAUUACUAUAAAGAUUUUGCAGAAAUAGAAGAAAUUGCUGGAAGAUGUGAAAUAACAGAAAUAUCCCAUGAAUGGUUGUGCAGUAUAAAAGGUUUGUAAU